GGUUAAUGAUUGCAGCUGGAGUAUAAAACAGGCAGCUCACAGCUUUUUUCUUCACCUUUGCUGUCUGUCACCAUGUCUUUCUCUGGAAAGUACCAGUUGGAGUCUCAGGAGAACUUUGAGCCUUUCAUGAAGGCUAUUGGUCUUCCUGAUGAGCUUAUCCAGAAAGGCAAAGAUGUCAAAAGCAUCUCUGAAAUUGAGGAGGCUGGUGACUCCUUCAAAGUGACGGUCACUACUGGCUCAAAGGUCCUUGUAAACAACUUCACCAUUGGAAAGGAGGCAGAGCUGGAGACUAUUACUGGAGAGAAGGUCAAGUCGGUGGUUCAUCGUGAAGGCAACAAGCUGAAGGUCUCCCUGAAGGGAAUAGAGUCUGUCACAGAACUGGUGGAUGGGAACACAAUUGUCAAUACUAUGACUCUUGGUGGCAUUGUGUACAAGAGGACAAGCAAACGCAUCUAAAUUUCUGCACUUGGGAUAAUAAAAGAAAAUGGAACACUG